AUGCUGUUCCGCAAACGUAAGCCAAAGGGUGACGAUGAGACUGUCACCUUUGACGAGCUCACCAGCUUUCCAAUGACAUUUUACAAGACCAUCGGCGAGGAUCUGUACUCGGCCCGGGAUACCAAUCUUGUGCGGCGCUAUUUGCUGCGAUUUUAUCUGGUGCUCGGAUUCCUCAACUUCAAUGCUUAUGUGGUGGGUGAGAUCGCCUACUUUAUAGUGCACAUCAUGUCGACAACAACUUUGCUGGAGGCCACUGCGGUGGCACCUUGCAUCGGCUUCAGUUUCAUGGCUGACUUCAAACAGUUCGGAUUGACUGUGAAUAAGCAACGUUUGGUGAACCUACUGGAUAAUCUCAAGGAGAUAUAUCCCAUGGACGUCGAGUCGCAGCGAAAAUAUGAAGUACCCUACUACCAGAAGCAUAUGGGCAGGGUGAUGAACCUUUUCACCAUACUCUGCAUGACAUAUACGUCAUCGUUCAGCUUCUAUCCGGCCAUCAAGUCGACCAUUAAGUACUACCUAAUGGGCUCCGAGAUUUUCGAACGGAACUACGGCUUUCACAUACUAUUUCCCUAUGACGCCGAAACGGAUCUGACAGUCUAUUGGUUUUCCUAUUGGGGACUGGCCCAUUGUGCCUAUGUGGCCGGCGUAUCCUACGUUUGCGUCGAUCUUCUCCUCAUCACGACCAUAACCCAGCUGACCAUGCACUUUAACUUUAUUGCCAAUGAUUUGGAGGCCUACGAUGGCGGUGAGCAUACGGACGAGGAAAAUAUCACGUAUCUUCACAAUUUGGUCGUCUAUCAUUCCAGAGCUUUGGAACUCAGCGAGGAGGUUAACACCAUAUUUAGCUUUCUGAUCCUCUGGAACUUCAUUGCCGCUUCCCUGGUGAUUUGCUUUGCUGGCUUUCAGAUCACAGCCUCCAAUGUAGAGGAUAUUGUGCUGUACUUUAUAUUUUUUUCGGCCUCGCUGGUUCAAGUCUUUGUGGUUUGCUAUUACGGCGAUGAAAUGAUAUCUUCGAGCUCUCGCAUUGGACACUCCGCUUUCAAUCAGAACUGGUUGCCCUGCAGCACCAAAUACAAACGCAUCCUGAAAUUUAUUAUUGCGCGCAGUCAGAAACCUGCCUCCAUUAGACCGCCCACCUUUCCACCAAUAUCGUUUAAUACCUUUAUGAAGGUAAUCAGCAUGUCGUAUCAGUUUUUUGCACUCCUUCGCACCACUUACUAUGGUGAAUGA